UGACUGACAACGCCGUUGAGAAAGUUAAAAAGAAAUUUAAAAGCGGACCUCAUAUCCUGGUGAGAAAAACUCAAAGCAUUCUAGAGAGAAAAUCCUCAUACGACCAAUCUACUUCAGGUCGCCAACUUUGAUGUUAGACUGCGUCGGUGAUGAUGACGAUGACGACGAUAAUGAAACUAUUACCCUCAAUCAGUUUCUAAACGAAUGCAACCAAUCUCCAAAGUCCAGGCGCCGUUUGCUAGUCCAGAAACGAGUAUUAUUGGAUGAUGACGUAUUCAACGAAAACAACAACAACAACACAACAACAACAUUAAACCCUAAAUCACCGGUCUUAUUUGAUAAGUUGUUGCAACACAACACCACCACCACCAACAACAAAUAUAAUACUAUCAACGUUUUCCCCAACAACAGCAACAACAACAACAUUAAAUACAAUACUAUCAACAUUUCCUCCAACAACAACAACAAUAUUAACAACAAUAGUAUCAAUGACAUCAACAAUUAUUGUUCUAAAUGCAGGCACAAUAAAAUCUCUAACUACAACAACAACAUAAUAAUAAUAAUAACAACGAUAAUUUUUCAAGGUCCUCUCGAUAUUAUAGCAACAGAAACAGCAAAAUAUUAAACCAUCCACCACAAAUUACAUCGUCACAACAACAACAACAAUCAUCAUCAUCACAACAACAACAACAAUCAUCAUCAUCACAACAACAACAACUAUCAUCAUCAUCAUCACAACAACAACAACUAUCAUCAUCAUCGCGGCCAAUGACCAGCACACCUGUCCGAUGUUUGUCACCUGGAUUAGAUGGCCAAUUAGUCUGCAGAGGAGCCUGGCCCUAUAAUAAUAAUAAUAAUAAUAAUAAUAAUAAUAAUAAUAAUAAUAAUAAUAAUGACAGUAACGGUGGUUUUGAUAAUAGUUACGUUGACGACCACACUGGAGUUAGAAUGAGAAAGAAGAGAGGUCCAGUCAGAGCAGACGAUGAUGUAGGAGCGGCUGACAACUGCCCCAGCUGCCAAAAAACAUCGAAAGAACGCUGCUAUUUGAAUUUGUACAUCCAUCAACAACAACAACAACAGCCGCAACAAUUACAGCCGCAACAACUACAACCACAACAACUACAGCCGCAACAACUACAGUCGCAACAACUACAGCCGCAACAACCACAGCCGCAGCUGCAGAAUUCAGUCCCUGCAGCUCACAGCGUCUUGAGGACAUCUGAAUUGUUACAAAGUUGUAACUCUCAUAGAAAAACUAAAAAAGUGCCCUUGAUACCGAACCCAGAACAACAAAUGUUACAACAAAAUCAACAGCCACAAAUGUUGCAACAACAACAGCAACAUCAAACUGAUGUUGAAAAUAAUUUUCAACCCAAAGAACAAAAUGCUGACAACAACAAAAACUGCGCGAAAUUCAGCAAAAAGUUAAACAACGACAAUCACGACGACAAUGCUGUUGACAACCGCUCGGAGACUGUUUUUGGAUGUUUCGGCAACACUCCAUCGAGAAGUAAGAAGCAACCACAGCAGCCACAGCAGCAACAAGACAAAAGACCAACGACAUCCCCAUCAUCGUCGUCACCACCACCCAUUCAAACAGCUACAGAGCCGGCGAGAUUUAAAAGAAGCCUCAAAUCAUCAUUUGAUCAGAGCGGCAAUGUCGAAGGUGCGACUAACAAACAACAGGCCAGUCUUGGGGCCGUUAAGAAUUUGAUCGAUUCCUACCAGAGAUGUGUCUUCAAUGGACCCCCAUCACAGAAUAUCAGUAAUAAUAAUAACGAUGAAGAUUCGAAUCCUGAAAAAUCCAUCCCAAAACCUCAAUCGCACAGCCAAGCGAAACUUUAUAUGAGGCCACAAUCGGCUGGAGUUGCGCAAGACAAAAGAUCCGCUAGCAGGCCCUUCUAUGAAGGCGGUAGAGGACUCAGAAGUUUUAAAAUAUCAGAAAAUGAAACAGGAGAAGGCCCGAGAAACUUGAAAACUUCGGAAGAGGUUGGUGUAGGUGGGCCGAAAGUUUGCCUAGUCAGGCCAGCAACUGCUUCCGUUUUCAGGUCCCCCUCACUUAACGCUGGCUACGAUGAUGGAGCUGUUGCUGCUGCCGCCGCCGCUGGUGGUGGUGGUGGUGGUGGUGGGGUGGUUAGGAGAUAUCAUCAACUGCAACAACAAAGUCAACAACAACAACCUCAAUCUCAGUAUCAGCAACAACAAAUCAAAAGAUGUAGUAGCUCCAGCUCUAACAGCGGCAACAACAAUAACAUCAGCAACAACAAUAACAUCAGCAACAACAAUAACAUCAGCAACAACAAUAACAUCAGCAACAACAACAACAACAUCGAUGCAGAAGCCGCCAAAAAGACUCUAGAUAUUCAAGAGCUGCAAAAAAAAUUCGGCACCUUAUCUACUAGAAAUAAACCUUUUUACGAAUACAGCUGCCUUUAAUUAAUGCACUAUUAGAUAUUUAGAUAUCACACACACACGCGCGCGCGCACGCACACAUAAACACACGCACACAUAAACACACGCACAUAUAAACACACGCACACAUAAACACAUUUAUAUAUAACUAUUUGAUUGGUGAAUAUUUAAUUGAUUAAGUUGUGUUUCCAUGAUCGUAAAAGCCGACCAAGACUAUUACUACAUUUCGAUCGAUCGUUAUUUAAAAAUCUGUAACAAGGACUUCAUUUCAUUCUGAUUGCUUUAUUUUUAUUGCUAUUAUUUAAUAAUAAUAAUAAUAAUUAUUAUUAUUAUUAUUAUAUUAUUAUUAUUAUUGUGAUUCGUAGACGCAUUUUGUCAUGAAUAUUUUUAUAUAUAUGAACAUAUUUUUUUGGAUUUUUGGUAAGCAGCAUGUCUUUUUUGAGAAACUUAUUUUAUUUUUAAUUGUAACAAACUUGUAUAUACACACACGCACACACACCACAUAAACACACACGCACGCACGCACACACAAACACAAACACCCAAAAACGGUGUUUAUGUGUAUACACACAUAUUUAUAAUAUUAUGGAUGAAGAAUUUGUAACGAUGACGACGACGAUGAAUCGAUUUGAUAUUUUUAUAUUGUAUUGUAUAUGCGAUUGUAUUGUUUUAUAUGCGAUUGUAUUGUUGUAUAUGCGAACUAAAUGUGUAGAGCUGUGUAUGCGGAUUUGUAUUAAAUACAUACCAUAUAUUGGUAAUCAUACAAACUUUUGUUGCAUACAAAAUUUGUAUCGCAUGGUUUUGUAUGUGUAUACGUCGAAAUACCGAUCAGUGAUACCGUAAUUGUAUCCAUCCAUAUAUAAAGAUAUGUAUAAUGAUACCGUAAUUGUAUCCAGUAUCCAGCUAUCAGAUACAUUGGAUGUCACUCUGAGAACAGGGCAAGGCGUCUUAAUCAUUACGCUAUCAUGUUGGACAUAUAAAUAGUGAUACUAAAUUACUUAAGUACAUAAAUUAUUGAAAAAUUUCGUCAACAGUGCAAUACAUGUGCAAUGUGUAUGUAGUGUGUGUGUGUGUGUGUGUGUGUGUGUGUGUGUGUGUGUGUGUGUGUGUGUCUGUACUACUGAUCAAAAUGGCAGGUAUUAUGUUUAUUAAACGCUAUGUAAUUGCUCGGAAUUUUUGGAAUUUCUGAUGUCAUAAAUUUCCCCAGAUUUCCUUUUUCACUUUCAGUAUAAUGUUUCAAUACUACAUAAUAAUUCGCAGUAGAAGAAUAUCUCAGAAACUAUUUCUAUCAUUUAAGAAUCAUUUUUCGAAUAAAAUCAAUUACUGGAUAAAA